AUGGGGACACUUAAUAAAUGGGUAACCGAACUACAUUUGCCCUUCUAUCAGAUUAGCUCCUCCAAGAAAUCCCUUGGCCAUAUCAGGAGCGUCCCUGAUGCCGACAAAAGGGACACCAUUCCUGAACCAAAAAUAAUACAGCUUCCGUAUUCAGAUACAAAGGGAACCACGGGGAGAAAAGCUGUCGCCAAGACUCUGAGCCGAGCUGUUAUCAGCUUUAGAUUUGACGGAGAUCUCCUUGACCGUUACUGGACAUGCCACUUGAUUGAAUACACACCGCAACAGAUGGAUGGCCCAAACGAAAUGUCUUUUGAUAUUCCUACACAGACCAUUAGUGGAGCUCUGAAGUCUAAUCCUUGGAGACAGCGCAGAGUCCUAGAACUUCUUUUGUUUGACAGGAGUUUACGGGAGAUAUUGAGGUGCACGGAGGAAAUCCUCAAUGAAGCAAAGAGCACCUUGAGAGCUGCUAAAGACACUGGAAACGAUGGCUGCAGCUAUGAAGAUGAAGAAUGCAAGAUAGAGCUCUCAUAUACUCACGAUCGAAAGGUGAAAGCGAGUAGGGACGUUUUCCGUUCUAACGACUCGCUAUAUAAAAUGCAGGAAGUGCUCCAAGAGGUGGAGGACAGCUUGAGCGAGAACUUGGCAAAGAUGCAGCUGUGA